UAUGCACCUGUGGGCCGACAAGAAGGCAUCGAUCACUCUCUCGCCUCUUGUUCAUUCUUGUCUUCCGACCAUGGGCCCAACUCCCAUCCGCUUUUGUGAUUGUGCGCCAUUCCCCAGGCAAGGUGUUCCUCCACGCCUGCAAGCCGUUGCAACACGAGGCAGAAGAAGGGCUCUGAUUAUCGGCAUCCGUGGCAAUUCAAACCUCCAGAGCGACAGUCAAUCAUCGGAACUAGGGGAUGGUCGCAGCUCCCGAUUGAAGGGUCCUCAUCAGGAGGCGAAGGGUAUCGGGAAUCUUCUCCAAGAUCUCUAUGAUUACCCAGAAGAAAACAUCAAGUAUCUCCUUGAUGAUGGUGGAGAUGAUGAACCGACUAAGAAAAACAUGCUCUACCACAUUGAUCUUCUAGUUAAGGGAGCGAGACGAGGCGAUCGUUUCUUUUUUCAUGACUCCGGCCACUCCAGCCAGGAAGAAACGGACAAUCCGGAGGAAAGAGAUGGCAAGAACGAAGACAUUAUCACCUGUGAUGGGAAGAGGAUUGUGGACGAGGUCCUGCACCAACGCCUCGUAAAGCCCAUUCCCGAAGGAUCAUCCCUGACGGCUAUCUUCGACUCGUGUCAUUCGGGAACACUACUGGACCUGAAACAUGACUUAUGCAAUGGGGUGUACCUUCCCUUCGUCAAUAAGGGUAAUAGAAGGACUAGAGAGCGCUGGCGGGGCGUAGGCAGACGAGGAGCGAUGGACUCUGGAGGGGCCGCGUUCUCAGCUGCGAGCACAAUGAUGAGCCAGCAGUCUUUCAUCUCUUCAUCUCACGGCUCGGCUGCGACCAGGAAAAGAACCAUCUCUACGACCCGCUUCAUAAUAUCGGAGCACGAUCGACCAUCGAGGGCCUUGACGAGGCCUUCGAUCACAACACAAACAGAGAAGAGGUCAACAUCGCUUGCCAACUUUUGUGAGAGCCCUCGGAGUCUCCAUGAUCAUUGCCAUGGCUUCUGCCUCGACAUGGUCCUUCGUCGCCCGCCGACCGUGAAGGUGAUAUCAAUAUCGUCGUCGGGCGACGAUCAGAAAACAUGGGAAGACGAGAAUGGGACAUCGAUGACGACGGCUCUCAUUAAAACACUUGGUGAUGUUCCUCAUCCAACGCUUCCUCAACUCCUCGCCAGGAUAUGAUUCGAGCUUCACGUGGCUUACCUCACACUUCAUCCGAUGGCAGUGGACUAUCGAAUGAAAUGUCGUCGAUAUCACGAAAGACACGCCCGUAAAACGGAGGAAUGCAAGGAAUGCAAGUCAAGAUACGAGGCGAAAGGAGCAGCAGAACAAAUCAACCAGGGAGUGACGAAUGAACGAGACCAGGGGGACGAAAACGACAACGAUCAGGAUCCCAACGCUAAAUUUCUCCCUGAAAUGAUCAACUUUCAGAUCCCACAGCUCUCGAGCCAGGAACCGCUGCCUCCAGACCAGUUGUGGGAUCCCUG